GAAUUCAGCAUGGGACCAGAAAAUGAAACAGCAGUUACUGAGUUCAUCCUAGAGGGCUUCCCAGAGCGUGAUCCAAGAUUGCAGGUAUUUUUCUCCUGGGCCCUUCUGCUCAUGUACCUGACAACAGUGAUGGGGAAUGCAGCCAUCAUUUUCCUCGUGUGUGUGGAUCACCACCUGCAAACCCCCAUGUACUUUUUUAUCAGCAACCUGGCCUUCCUGGAAAUCUGGUUUACAUCCUCCACAAGCAGCAAAUUGUUUGUGAUGCUGAGCUCUGGUCAGAACACUCUCUCACUAAGCAGCUGCUUUGCCCAAAACUAUUUCUAUUUCGCCCUGGGCUGCACAGAGUUCAUCCUGCUCGUUGUCAUGUCCUUUGACCGCUAUGUUGCCAUCUGCCAACCUUUGCUCCAUGCUGCCAUCAUGAAGCCUCAGCUCUCUGUCCACCUGGUUGUUGCUGCCUGGGUGCUCGGCUUUGCCCUGCUGAGCUACCAGCUGUUCUUCCUCUCUGAGCUGUCUUUCUGUGGCUCCAAGAUCCCCCAUUUCCUUUGUGACAACUCCCUCUUGUUCAAACUGUCCUGCUCUGACACCAGCCUGCUUUGGAAAAUAGACUCCGUCUUCUUACCGUGUGUCGUACUGGGCUCCUUAGGUUUGACUCUGGCAUUUUACAUCUGCAUCCUUUUCUGUGUUCUGCAUCUUCCAGCAGCCUCUGGGAGGAAGAAAGCUUUGACUGCGUGUUCUUCCCAUCUCAUCACCUUAUCCAUUGCCUAUGGGAGCUGCAUUGCUCUCUACACAUGUCCUGCAGAUGUUUCCUUGAGGACCAACAGAAUUGUAGCCCUGCUCAACACAGUCCUGUACCCAUUCUUAAAUCCAUUCAUCUACAGCCUUCGGAACAAACCUGUGAUCCUGGCCCUGAACAAAUCCAUUGCCAGGGCAAGAACAAAGCUUUUCCCCUAACCAUGGUGCAUUUCUGGAAAGCUAUCCCAAGAAUCUGGUGUCAUCUGUUGCACAAUAGCAGUGCCUGUGAGUGCAGCCUCCAAACAGGGCUGCCUCAGGACACUGAUGCUCCUGCAGGCUUGUGUCAGGUUAAGAGAUAAGAGACUCAUCUGCACACCCAGACAGGGCACCAACAAUGGCAGGAGGAGAAACUCAGUUCAUUCUCUGCCCUGGCUGCUCCCAGGCCCAUCACUGGAGAGCCACCAGCUCAUUAAGAGCCCAUCUCCAAAACAGAGAAGAGCUCAGAGGAACAGUGGCAAGUGACAAUCCAAAUUACAGCUCCUGAGCAAUGGACACCUUGUCCCAGCUCCUUUCCUGGCACAGCCAUCGGCCCUCGUGUCCAGGUUUGAAACCCCAAACUCACUGAGAGCAGCUCACCAUUUGGACUAAGGGGAUUGUUGCCCUGGCGUGUAGGACACGUUUUGGGAUGAAGGGGAAGAGCAGUUUUAGAUAGCACAGGACUUGUGGGAAGGUGAGGGGAGGAUCCCAAGCAGAGCAGUCUGUCCUGCCUUCUCAUUACACUUGAAUUCUACCCCUGUGUGAGCAAAUCUUUGUUCUGCCUCAGCAUGGGAGCCUGGGGGUGUGAGGGCAGCAGUUGGGGCAGGGCACCAAACAGCCCAUCUGCCAAGGGU